GUAGCAGAAAAUGGCAAAUAACGCUAUGGAGAGUAAGGUUACCCUGAGAAAGACCAUUGGCUUUUUUAGUGGAGUUAAUUUUAUAAUUGGAGUCAUAAUAGGAUCUGGAAUUUUUAUAUCACCGGGAGGAGUGCUACUAUAUUCACAGCUAAAUGUCGGAAUCUCAUUGGUAAUAUGGGCUGCAUGCGGAGUUAUUUCAAUGCUGGGUGCUCUGUGCUAUGCAGAACUAGGGACCACUUUUCCAUCAUGCGGAGGGGAGUAUUUUUAUAUUAAAAGGGGUCUUGGUUCAUUGCCUGCAUUUAUUUUCUUAUGGACAGGAGUUCUAUUUACGGGACCUGCUGUAACCACUCUUAAUGCUUUAAUGUUCUCUGAAUAUGCUGUUCAGCCUUUUUUCCCAGGAUGCCAUACACCAGAACUAAUCAAAAAGGCAGCAGCCAUUGUUAUUAUUUUGAUAGUAGGAAUUAUUAAUUGUCUAAACACCAAGUGGAUUGUGGUCAUCCAAAACAUAUUAUCAGUUCUGAAGAUGAUUGUCCUCACAGCAAUAGCUAUAUGCGGACUGGUUCAUUUGGCAAUGGGAAAAACACAAAAUGUUCAGAGAGCAUUUGAUGGAGAUAUUCCAAAUGUAUCACAGUUUGGAGAAGCCUUCUAUCAAGGAAUGUUUGCAUACGGUGGAUGGAAUGUUCUUAAUUUUACCAUUGAGGAGAUAAAACACCCAAGCAAGAACAUUCCCCGCACAGUAUUCACGUCCAUAACUGCAGUGAUUGUGUUUUAUCUGCUGGUGAACAUCUCGUAUCUAACAGUGCUCUCACCCAGGGAGAUUGUAUCUUCAGCUGCAGUCUCGGUAACAUGGGCUGAUAGAACAAUUCCAACAGUGGCCUGGAUUAUCCCUGUGUCAGUUGCUGUCUCAAUAUUUGGUUCCCUCAAUGGUGGCAUGUUUAUGUUAGGAAGACUAAACUAUGCUGGAAGCAAGGAGGGCCACUUGCCAUCCAUCAUAUCCAUGCUUCAUGUGCAAUAUUUAACCCCAGCACCAGCCAUGAUCAUCUCAACAAUUCUAGCAUCUAUUUUCGUCAUCCCUUCUGAACUCCUCUCUCUAACAAACUACUUUACAUUUUGUACCUGGCUUUUAGUUGGCCUGACUACUGUUAGUCUGAUUGCUCUCCGUUACCGCGAGCCAAAUCUUCACAGGCCGUACAAGGUCUUCCUUCCAAUUGCCUAUGUAGUUGUGGCAGUGGCUUUAUUUUUAGUUAUCGCUCCAAUCGUACAAAAUCCCAAAAUUGAAUAUUUCUAUGCUUUGCUGUUUAUGUUGAGCAGCCUCAUUGUGUAUUUUCCAUUUGUAUAUUUCAAAUUGCGUAUUCCAUAUUUUGAUAGGAUCACAUGCUUUUUACAGAUUUUUCUUGAAGUGUCACCUACUGAUCUAUACGAAGACCAUAAAGAUCAGUAAUAUUGAUAACUCUAAUUUCAAACUGAUGUUUUGUAAGUUUAAGGGGCAUUGCAUGCACCAUAACUGCUACAGCUUAUUGUAGUGGUUUAGGUGCAAUGACACGUUUGAGGCCAUCCCCCAGAUUUGUGUCAAAGUGUUUCAGGAGGAUAAACUGUCUGCAUUAUUUGUUCAGUAUUAAGU